GUUAAAAUCGUGUUAAUUUGCAAUUUUUUAGUGAUUUUUCAGUUGAGUAGUGUGUAAAAACUGAUAAAAUGAAGUGCCGUGUAUUAAAUUGCGACAGCCGUCAAGGUAGUGCCUCUAAAUGCAGCUUUUUUUCCUUUCCUCGCAACGAUGCCGUGGCGAGAAAGUGGGUGGAAUUCUGCGGACAAGUAAAGCCAUUCAAUUUGGAUACCAGCUUCAUAUGCAUGAAGCACUUUACCGACGAUGAUUAUCAAAAUGUUAUGCAGUACAAAGCGGGAUUGGCUAAACGCCCGUUACUCAGGCGCGAUGCGGUGCCAUCCAUUUCUGUGUGUGCUAUACCUGUAGCAGAGUCUCAACCGCAUGAUGACCACAAUAUGGAGGUGCUUGAGCUAGGUAGUUGCGAAGUGGUUGAAAGCAAUACAGAAUAUCGACCCAAGGACGGUACUCUUGAUGCUUCGACAUCACCAAUUCGUAACUGGGUUUACUAUGACGGCGAUCUUCAAGAAGUGGAAAUGUUAAAAGCGGAAGUAGCGACAUUGAAGCGCGAAAAUGCAAUCCUCAAAAAGCAAACCGCUAAGCAGAGUACCGAGAUCGCUACAUUAAAGCGGGAGUCUGACCUUCAGCUGAAGAAGCACGCGUGGGCAGUAGAGCUGUUGAAAAAGAGUUUGGAUGCAAUGGCUGCCGAAAUGGGAAAUAUAGAAGAUAAACUGGCUUCUAUAUUCACCAAAGGUCAGAUAGACAAACUGAAGACUGGGUCGAAGCGACGAAAUUNGACCUUCAGCUGA